AUGGACCCUGAGAAGCCCGAGUUCAGUCAGCGAGAGGAUCUUGCGAAUCUCGAGAAACCCGACUUAGAAGAGAUUGGCGAGCGAGAGGGUUAUGUGCUGAACGAUGUCUCGCUUGCUCAUGAACGUGGCCUUAAGACAACAGCUGAUGGGCAAAUUAUUCUUAUCCCUCAACCAAGUGACUCACCUAAUGAUCCACUGAACUGGACUCCAUUCAAGAAGCAUCUUGUUCUCAUCAUCAUUUCGUGCACGGCGUUCCUGCCAGACUAUGGUAGUGCCACUGGUGCGGUAACGCUGACGCCACAGGGAGAGGAAUGGAAUAUGAGUCCCAAUACUGUCAAUCACUCCCAGGUUGGCAAUGUCUUCAUGCUCGGUGCAGCUGGACCUAUAGUCGUGGCUUUUGCAGCCUAUUUCGGACGAUACCCUGUUCUUUUCUGGUGGACGCUGUUCGCGUUGGCAACGGCAAUUUGGUGUGCAGCUGCACAAAGCUUCGAGUCAUUCAUGGCCGCCCGUAUUCUCAAUGGAUUCUUCUCAACAGUCGCUCAAGGCGGCGGAUUGAUGUUCGUUAAAGACAUGUUCUUCCUCCACGAACACGCCCGCAAGAUCAAUAUCUGGUCCGGCUUCAUCAUCCUCUCCCCAUACAUGGGCCCCCUCUUCGGAUCAUUCAUCGUCAAUACCCAGAUUUGGCAAUGGGCAUUUGGCGUCUACGCCAUCGAAACUGGUCUCUGCCUUAUAGCCAUUAUCCUUUUCGUGGAUGAAACAUACUACGAUCGCAAGACGAUCCAGCCGGAACUCGUUCCCAAUGGUCCACGUUGGCAACGUAUGCUAGGUAUCCAGCAGGUUCGCACAAAGUAUAUCAAGAACUCAUUCAAGGAUGCAUGCAUGCGGCCUGUUACUAUGCUCCGCAAGCCUGUUAUCGUUCUUAUCGUUAUAGCUUAUAUGCUUAUGUUUGCGUGGGUGGUUGGUAUCAACACUACGCUGUCGAUUUUCCUUGCGCCAAAGUAUGGAUUUGGAGCUAAGGCGAUUGGUUUCUUCUACUUCACACCUAUAGUAGCAGCUAUUAUCGGUGAAAUUUGCGGCCACUGGUUGCACGAUUUUAUCGCAAAGACAUACACUAAGCGCAACAACAACCACCUCGAUCCAGAAGCCCGACUUUACGCUAUCUGGUUCGCCAUGCCCUUCCUUGUACCCGGCCUGAUCCUCCUCGGCUUCGCGCUCGAGAGACACUACCAUUAUAUGCUCGCUGCGCUGGGAUGGGGGCUGUACGUCUUUGGUAUUAUGAUUGUCACCGUGGCCGUGAACUCAUAUGUGCUUGAUGCGUAUCCCGAGGCGAGUGGAGAGGUUGCGGCGUGGGUGAACUUUGGAAGAACAACGGGUGGGUUCAUUGUUAGUUACUUCAUGGUUGAGUGGGCGCAGAAAGAGGGAACUAUUAAGCAAUUUGGGACUAUGUGUGGGAUCGUGGGGGCGGCGUUCUUUAUUGUGCUUGCAUUGCAGGUUUGGGGUAAGGAGUUGAGGGCUUGGAGUGGGCCAGCUAGAUUCAAGACUGCUUAG